AUGGCUAUCGAUUGGUUUGGAGCCACCAGACAAAAGUUGCGACCCAGUCAUGACCCUUGUGAAAGUCGAUGGGUUAUGACUAAUACCACCGCCUACUAUAGACCGGCUUCAUCAUCACAAUCAAGAAAUCUAAUAUAUAGAUAUCCAUACCAUCAAGGCGAGUCAAUUUGUACCGUUCCAUCUUGUAGGAUAAUAGUGUCAAGACGAGGACCAACAUUCAAAGCAUUAGUUGAGGCAUGA